AUGCCGUUGUCAGGCUCAGCAUCGGCGCUGCCGUCCUUUCGGAAACAGCAUCUCCUCGUCGAGUUCUCCCGCCUCCGCCAUGCACAGCUCCAUGGCGUUUUCCUGAGCAUCACGCCUGGCGACCCAUCGCUGUGGGUCGGUGUGAUCUUCGUGCGAAAAGGACCGUAUGCGCCUGCAGUCCUACGCUUCCAACUCUCCUUCCCGCCCAACUAUCCUGCCCUCCCCCCUCUCGUGACCUUUUCCACCGAUGUCUUCCACCCGCUGCUCACGCCACUGACCACCUACACGUACACGACGGGCGCCGCCGACUCGGACACGGUAAGUGCAACGGAUGAAGAGCGCCUGCCCCCCGGCGGAUUCAGCCUGCGACACGGCUUCCCACACUGGUUCCGACGCGCUCGAAAAUCCGUGCCAGACUCUCGCAAUGCCAGUGCUUCCGGCUUGGCCAGUCCCGCACGUCCCGACUGGCAUGCCACCUCGGCUGCUUCUGGUGCGCCCCAGCACACUGACCAAAUCUCCAUUGUGCGCAUGCUAGAGUACAUCCGCUCCACCUUUAGUGACGACUCCAUAUUGGACUCCCUUCCGCUCGACGCCGCCGCCAACCCGGGUGCCUACCACGCCUGGCGAGCCCAUCGCGCUCCCGUAUUGCAUGCCCACCACUCGCCGUCCCCAUGUCCCAGUCCAGACGAGCCCAUGGCUGAAAAGCCCGACGGCAGCAGUGCCCUGGGCCGAAACCGGCGCCCGGGAGAAUGGAACUGGGACGGUGUCUGGGAGGAUCGUGUCAAAAAAGCAGUCAAGGCUAGCCUCUCAGAGUCUGUCCUCUUCGGUGCCGGCGCUGGAGAAGAUAUUAUUCGCUUUCGUGAGGCGGACGAAGAGAUGCAGGACAAAAUGAAGGCGCACCUAGACAUGGCUGCUGCGCGGACCGCCGAGGUGUAGUGUCUCAAGUCACCGCCAUGUGUUGUGUGGUGCAGGCAUGGAAGCUGGACUACUGCAAGAGCUCUUUUUUUUCAAUAGUGUUGCUGCCCAGGGUAAAGAACAAAGCUCACACUCAGGUUGGCAAGGCAGGCGCGCUAGGUGGCUUGAUAUGCCCCUCCAUCGUGCCUUCUCAACGUGGUAAUAGCUAGCUUCAUCUCAGUCGACGUAUUCGCCCUCUGUCCA